CUGAAAAUGGUAAUAAAAACGUAGUCGCUCUGUACACAGACCCAACGUUACUGCUGCCACCAAGACGCCAUUCAUCUGGUCGUCUCCCUCUGCCUCUCUCGUUCUCCCACCCUCUCUCAGUCUCCCUGAUCUCAAUAACCCUAUUAACAUUGAAUUCUACCUCUCACCACCACCUUCCACCCCCCCGGUCUCGGUUUCUCGGAAGGAAUCAGCUAAACGUUGUCGUCUUCGCCUUCUUCGGGUAGCAAAGCGGCACAGAAUACUCUUUGGGACUUUUUUCAGGUAUGGGGGUUUAAGGAUUUUGGAGGAGGCCCGUUUGGUUUCCGAAAAAAAUGUGGUAAAAGGGUAAAAGAGGAAUCGGGAUUGUGUCUCGAAAUUCUUUGUAGCUGGGAUUCGAGAGAACAGUAAUGGCCGAGCCUCUACUGUGUAAAGUGUGGCCUACUGUUGAUGAUGGAAUAGUUCGAUAGGAAAUUCUCGUUUGUAUUGAAGGCUACAUGUCUCUUUUUUGAUUUGAGUUUUUGAAGAUGAACAUUUGAAUUUGGAGAAUAUAUGCUGCCUCUGUAUAAGAAGUGAGCCCCACUUUGGUGCCUUGAGAUUAGUUUUUCCAUGGAAAGCUCUGAUGAUGAAAAGGAUGGAAUCCUUGGGAAUUACAUUCCAACAGAACUGACAAGUGUUUUGGCAUCCAGUGGAGUAAAAUUUGUGGAUCAAGUACUGAAUGGGCAAAAUGAACUUUGUUUGGAAAAUUUUCGAAUGGAUAAGCAUGUAUUUUACAAGUUGUGCGACAUUUUGCAAGCGAAAGGCUUGCUGCGCCACACAAAUCGAAUCAAGAUUGAGGAGCAAUUAGCCAUUUUCAUGUUCGUAAUUGGCCAUAAUCUACGAACACGAGCUGUCCAAGAGUUAUUCCGAUAUUCAGGAGAAACCAUUAGCCGCCAUUUCAAUAAUGUUUUGAAUGCAAUUAUGGCAAUUUCAUUAGAUUUCUUUCAACCUCCGGGUUCAGAUGUACCACCUGAGAUUUUGGAAGACCCAAGAUUUUAUCCAUACUUUCAGGAUUGUGUGGGAGCCGUUGAUGGGAUCCAUAUUCCAGUUAUGGUAGGUGUAGAUGAGCAAGGACCUUUCCGCAAUAAGAAUGGCAUGCUUUCACAAAAUGUUCUGGCAGCUUGCUCAUUUGAUCUAAAGUUCCAUUAUGUCCUAGCGGGCUGGGAAGGCUCAGCAUCAGAUUUGCAAGUCCUAAAUUCUGCACUGACAAGGCGGAAUAAACUGCAGGUCCCUAAAGGUAAAUACUACCUUGUGGACAACAAGUAUGCAAAUAUGGCAGGUUUCAUUGCCCCGUAUCCUGACGUUCCCUAUUACUUAAAGGAAUAUCCGAUUGGCUAUCAACCACAAGAUGUCAGAGAGCUAUUUAACGAACGGCACUCGCUGUUACGAAAUGCCACUGAUCGCACAUUUGGCGCUUUGAAGGCACGAUUCCCUAUAUUGAUGUCUGCUCCUCCAUACCCAUUACAAACACAGGUGAAAUUGGUCGUGGCAGCAUGUGCAAUACACAAUUACAUCCGUAGGGAGAAACCAGAUGAUUGGAUCUUUAGAAUGUAUGAACAAGAAGGUACUAUAUUCGAGGAUUCAUUGCCUCCUUUAGAUGUGGAACAACCCAUUAUGCAUAUCGACACCCAAGCUCCGGACAUUGGUGUUGAAACGGAACAACUAGAAAUUUCUUCACAACUGCGAGACUCUAUAGCAACCGAAAUGUGGAAUGACUAUAUCCAUGAUUUUUCAGCCAUGUAAAUUGUCUUAUUUUGGCAAUAGUUUUCAGGCUAGGAUUGAAAAUAUUUCAGGAUCAAGAACCGUAUGAAGGUUUUGAAUGUGAUUUUCAUGAUGUACAUUGGCCUUGUUCAUACAAAGAAAAUAGAUCAGUAGAUCAUACUUCUCAAACAUUGCACUA